UGACUACAGAUAAUCCUUAAUGAAUUGCUAGUAAUGACACAAUACAUUUACCAUUCAUUGGUAAAUAAUCAAAAAGUGCUGUAAUUUCUAAACGCUUCAUGCGAUAUGGAUGGAAAUUCCCUCACAGUCUGCACUUUAACCUUAUAGUCGUUGUAUCAUUGUAUAUUCCUCACUCUAUAUAGCCAAUACAUUUUGUAUUGCAUAUAAAUAUCAUAGUGUAAUGCACAUAAGGUAUAAAUAAGGAAACAUUGUUAUAAUGAACAGCUAGCUAGCGUGUGCUAGGGAAGAUCUCAAUUGCAUUCUCCUCAAGUCCUCUUUCCUCAUUGCUUUCUCACAGCCCAUUGGAGGGAAAGGUCAGAGGGGAAGGACCUCUGGCUUUCUCAUCCAAUGGGUUUUAAGAAGGAGAUGAGGACGUGAGGAGUAGGGCUAGUACUAAUAACUCCAGACCUGAAGAACUGCAGUAUGUGCUUUUGUUCCAGCCCUUCGCUAACACAAUCAAACAAUCCUCAAUGCAGACCAGGAUGAGUUGAAUCAGGUGUGUUAGUGCUAGGCUGGAACAAACCAGGGUUGGUGCACUGCUGCAGACGGAAUCUACAGAAGUCCUAUGCUCUCCGACAUCCUUCUCGUUCAAAUCCCAGGGCUGAUUUGGUAAAUCUGGGGGAAUGAGCCGGCGACCAGAGUGUAGCUGGCAUCAGAAUCUCUGGUGCCACCUACUGAAAAAUAAUUAGAUUUCUAUGUUUGUGCCCUUGAGGCACUUAACAACUAACCUGCUGCACGGACGCUCCUCUGUGGCUGAGCCUGUGCCGUUCCAGCCUCUCGUGUGUGUGUGUGUAUGUGCAUGGGGUUGGGAAUUUAAGAUAGGAAAACGUUUUGAUAGACAAUGAAUUUAUGUUAUGUUCUCCAGGCUCCCUGAAUGCGCGGCACGGCGGCAGCAGCAUGGAGGAGCGCUCACUGGAGAGCCAGUCGGGCCCGACGGUGGUGGACAGCUACCCCGAGGUGGACAAGGCCGUGCUUGUGGAGCGUGUUGUGCGUUUGCAGAAGUCCCACGCCCGCAAGCAGGAGAAGAUAGAGUUCAUGGAGGACCACAUCAAGCAGCUGGUGGAGGAGAUCCGCAAGAAGACAAAGAUCAUCCAGAGCUAUGUGCUGAGAGAGGAGUCGGGCGCCCUCUCUUCAGAGGCCUCAGACUUUAACAAAGCCCAAUUUGGCAGGCGGGGGGGCAUUAUGGCCUCCCUAUACACCUCCCACCCGGCUGACAGCGGCCUGACCCUUGACCUCUCGCUGGAGAUCAACAGGAAGUUGCAGGCCGUGCUGGAGGACACGCUGCUCAAGAACAUCACACUCAAGGAAAAUCUUCAGACGUUAGGGGCGGAGAUUGAGCGACUUAUCAAACAGCAACGAUAGCUGGAGGACAUUGCUCAGAGGAAGUUGCGCAUGCUAGACGACAGUGUCUGAAGGAAAUUAUAGAGGACCAAGUGAAGAGGGAAUGUUGAAGACCCCACCAACUAACUAUCUUGUGCCACAUCAAGAAUUUAACUGAGACACACACAUGCGAACACACACACGCACACACAUGCACACACGCAGUGUAAAGGAGAAAUUUGAAUGUUGAAUACCAGUCGCCUGUUCUUUUUGAUAACCCCCAUGUUCUCAACUCUUCUCUCCAAUGGGAUGAGUACUCAGAUCCUCUGACCAAUGGAUUGCCCUACUACCCCCCCCCCCCCCCCGCAUAAUCUAAUACACUUUCCCGGGAUGCCAAGGAUAGCUUUAUUUAUGAAUGAAUUGAAAGGAUUAUGUUGGUUAGCAUUUUCUGAAGCCAGUUGCUAAUGCAGGUCCGUGUGCAUGCCAAUCCUUAUUUCUCUCCCAAAAAAGUGUUUGUGCCAAUUUGCUGAAUAUAUUUUUGAAUUACCGCUGUGACCCCUAACGCAUACAGUAGUACUCUCACUGUGAACCAGUAACUAAAGACUACUAAUGCACUCAAGCCACAACCAUUCAGACAUUUGUCCACCAGGCUCCACUUUCCUUUCUCACCGUAGCCCUACAAAGCACUUAAGGCAAAAAUGAUACUUGAGAUGAUCAUUCAUAACUUGUAUUUGUAUGCAUAUCUCCCAUUGACAUCAAAUGUUCGAUUUAUGACAAAGUAUCUGGAGUCACGAUUCGCUAGUUGGCCUACAUUCUGCAAACACCAAUGUCAAAGAAGAACUCCUGGCUUGACCCCAAAUGUCCUACUAUGAAGUUGUAUAAAUAAUAAUGAGUUCAGCUGGAUAAUCUAGGGCUGGUCUUUAGUUGUUAAUUUAAUGUGAUUUAUUUAUUUCUGUUGUUUUUGAUUGGCAUUAAAUGUUUUCUUUGCUUUUCUUUAGUUUAAAAUCAAGUCCAUUGCUCUCUCCUUUUUGUUCUUCAUUUUGUCCAUUCACUGAAGGAAAUCUUUUAUAAUAUUAUUUUAUAUUCAAUUGUUUGUUUCCAUCCUUUCUCACACACUCCCUUGUUUUUACUGUCAUUAAUUUGUAGGACAAAGCAUUGUAGCCCCCCCCAUUUGCUUCUUCACCAGUAUGUUCUUCAGCUGUCAUAGUGAGGGUCACCUGGCCGAGCUAGAGGCGUAUGGUCCCAGGGAUGGGUGUAAACAACACAACAACCGACCACUCGCAGAGGAGCUGACAUGCACCUGCAACACACUGUCUUCUGCCAAGGACAUGAUAAAGAGUGACUUUUCCUCAGCCACGGCUGCCUAUGCUACAACCAACACACCACACACACACAGAAGUAUGGAGAAUUCUGAUGAAGACUAGCUCCUAAGCUGCAGUCUUUGGUUGUAGUUAUUUUCCCCCAUUUGUUUUUUGUCACCUAUGUGUAACUAUUUCGACUAUAGUGUAAAGGAGGCCCCUCUUGACUCUGGGAUUUUAGUGUUUCUCCCACCAUUGUUUAGGUGGGAUGCCUUCUUCCCCAAACAAGUCUACUUGGCCCCCCGCUAUUGAACAAUCACAGGAUCGAUUUGUGUAAUUUGAUGUUUACGGCUUGUUGGUAUGAGGGCUUCCCGCCUAGGGGAAAAAAAUCUAGGGGAAACACUACUGUUCUUUUUGCACCCUUUCAACUUGGCAAAUCUAAAACACAGGAUUCCCAGCCUGGCUCUCUACUCCGCAACAGUGCGUAGAGAACAUGCAGCGUGGGCAAAUUAGUCAAUCGAUUUUUCAGGAGCAGCUUGAGAGAAUAUUCAAGAAGGAAUUCAUCUGAAUAAAUACAUUAACAUAAUGAAAUGGCUGGCGGACAUCUCGUUAUUAUGCACUGAGUUACCCAAAUACCCCAGAAACAGAGCUAUAUACACUAUGGGUAAAACAGUUUAUCAUUGAUCAGCAAACUGUUGAUAUGGCUUAAAGAUUAACGUUGUAGAGUAUCUUCAACCAAUGAAGACUUUCACCAAUCAAUGAUUUUUGUAACUUAUUAUGUUACAAAGGCAACAAUUAUUGUUCAUUUGACACAAAAUCAUUUGCCUGAAUCGUUUCAUUACUGUUUAAUUUGAUUGUCAAGUGAACAACAUACUAGAUAUCUUGGUAAGACAAAUGUAGUGACUGUGGAUAAUGUGGUACUCUUAUGGUUAAAGAAAUGUGUCCUCCAUGACAACAAAACAAUUGGAAGCAUAACUCUAGUACCCGUUUCACACUACUAAGCCAUGCACUGGCCUAGUUCCGCAUCCACCAUAGUUGCUGGAAAGUACCAUUUGAAUUGUGAAAAGGGUCAAGCACUCCCAUGUGUGGUCCAACCUAGGCCUACAUUCUCACAACAUGAAAACAUUGGAGCAAUGUUAAAUGAAUAUGUUAUUUGCCUGGGAGACCAGUCCACAAAGAGAGAGAGUGGUAAAUGUGUCUCCCGUAACAGUGAAAUUAGCAAUAUGGACAGAUGUGUUGUGAGUGUAAAAUUAUGACUGACUAUAGCGAGAUGUUGGUAUUUUCUGUUGAUUGUCUUGGUGUUGUUCAAUGUGCUCUGUUUGAUUGAAUAUUCAAACUGUGAUUAUUAUACAUUUGUAGAUAUGAUCUUCUGUAAAAUGGUCAAAUGUUUUUAAUAUUCCAGAUCCAAUAUGUAUAUAUGGUGUUUACAGGGAAUAAAAGAGAUGAAUCUCUUUCUCUUCA